AUGUUCUCCUUAGCCGUCCAGCCCGCUCUCGUCUCCCUGUUCUCCUCGACGGGCAGCGACCCACUCAGCCUCUUCGCCUCGCGCGCAGACAAGGCAUUACCAUCCGAUUCCUUCAUCUGCCUCCUCAACGAUGCAACCUCCGCGCCGGCGCCCGCUCUGCCUCGAGCGCUGAUCGUUGCAAGUGAGCCAGAAAAGAACGCAGAGCAAUCCUCACCGGACUACACCCUCGACCAAACCGUCCUUCACAUCCAGUCGCCAACACUGCGCACGACAUUCAUCAGAUGCCCCCCAGAUCGCGUCUCAUCCGGCUCGAGCGGCAGGGCGCAUACAAGCAGCCAUCUCGGGUUGAAGCAUCCCUGGAUCCACCUACAAGUGCGCAACAUGGGCAGGGAGUGGGCAUUCGAGGUCGGACUUGUCGACCAGCUUGGCAGGGAAGGCAUCGUCAGAUGCGCCACGUUCCAGAAGCAGCCGAGGCUCAAAUUAGCGAGCCCUCCGCUGCUACUUCUGCCGCUCGAGUUCCCGCCACCUUCCAGCCGCCCUUUGACUUCGUGGACGACGAUUUCCCUCAACCUUGCGGCCCGUCUCUCAUCUUUCUCCUCCGCCACUCUCGCCCAAGCAGACGACGACGACGACGACGACGACGACGACGACGAAGGAUCGACGGCGAACGCCCACCAAUACCGCUCCCAAGUCCCCAGUGGUACUUACUCCCACGUCUCGUAUGUCAAAAUCUACGCCACAUGCAGAUUGCGCCGCGUUUGGUUCGGCGAAAGCGGGGGCCAGCAACGACUGCCAUGGGAAUUCCAGCUGUAUGCGGCUGAUGCCCAUUGA